AUGAUUCGAAGGACAGCCAGGAAGACGUUAGCGGGAUUUAAUUCGGCCCACGUCUGUUUCAUGUGUUGUCAUGACACUUCGAGACGCUGUGAGAGUAACAAAAAGGAGCACACCGGCUCUCGAUCUCUUCCAUCGUCGUCGUCGUGUCCUUUUGCGGCACUGGGAAUCAGUCAAAGCAGCAGUAUGGAGACGGUAAAGGAGGCCUAUCGGGCAAAAUGUCAAACAGAGCACCCUGACGUUGGUGGCAGUGGAGCGAAAUUUCUUUUUAUCAAGGAUGCCUACGAAAAGUGCACCCGCCGUGUGCAAGAACGAGAGGAAAUGUGUCAUGGCAUGUAUUCCAAGACGACAGUCGAUAGUGCAGCUCCGGAACGUGCAGAAGAGAAGGAAGAAGGAAGAAGUGGAAGGUAUCAGCGGCAGUCGGAUGUCUGGUAUGAAUCUCUGGCUAAACGUCUUGGAGAACAGCGACAAAUGUUCUACGGCGCAUUUCCACGCGCGAAGACAAGUAAUGAGAUGGAUGAGCUUUUUUGUUCUGCCCUGCACUGUCACUGCUUUGACACUAUUGACGUGGCCGAGCCCUUGGUGCUUGCGCUAAGUCACUACCAUCGAGUGACUGGUUACGGUGCACCACAUCUGUGCAGCUGCUUCGGCACCAUAGACAGAUGGGAAGAAUUUACUGAGUCGCGUGCAGGGGCGACAAUGUAUCACAUUUUACUGCAGUUGUACACGGAUGGUCCGAAGCAGGGGUUGACACCAACCAUUAUUACAGAGAGUGUGGAGGCCAUCAUGGAGCGAAUGAGUGCAAAGGGCCUCGAGUAUGAUGACUGGACGUUGACGCUGGCGCACAAAGCUUACCGAAUAUCGCCAUACCCAUCUUAG